AAACUUUUAAAGAGUAUGACAUUUUGUAGAAGCCUAUUCAAUGCAUUUCUAGCCUAGGCCUAUUGUUCAGCCCUGCAACAUUUUGUAAAUCAUAAGUUAAAUUAAACGAGAAAGAAAAGCCAUAUAGCCUCAUUAAAAAUGAUUGCACAUUUCCCCUAAUAUUGAAAAUGUUAAAUUCUAAUUGCAUCAAUAUGAGAGAGAGUCCAGUCUCAGAUACAGUGAUGGGUUUCUUUCUUCUCUCGUUCUAUUGCUUAAAACGACAUGUCCCAGAUACCCAUGCGAGACGUGCACUCGCACGUACAGGAGCAAACUUUUCAACAUUGUUGUCUUUACCACAUGUACAUCUAUUAAUAAUCGUCAUUCACGGUUAAAAUAUGUUUACAUAAAUACAUGGUUUAUUUAAUCUGUUCUAUUUUCAUUUCUUUAUGUAUACAUUUACGUGUGGAAAAUUCACGUGACCGGAAACUUGGACUUUUGCGGAAGCUGUGCAAAUAUUUGCUCAAAUCUCAAAGCAUUUCCCGGGGAAAUGAUGCGAAACAAACUAAUCAAGCGAGGGAGAGAUAAGUAAGCUGUCGUAAGUAGGUUAGCUUGCCACUUUUGGUUGUCUUUCGUCGCGUGUGGUGAGUGGCCGAUGAUGGUAUGCAGCCUGAAGCGAAGGAUCCAGAGGAGGAUAGUGUAUGGGAGGAACCAUCUUCAAUGCUGUGGGGACUGGACCCAAUGUUCAACUCAUUCACCAGGCUCUAUGUCAAAGACAUCCUACAGAUGAGAGAGUCCUGUCAAGUGCCAGGGAUAUACUUCUACAACUCUCACCCGAUAUUCAAAGUUGAUGUGCUUGGGACUGUGGUGUACAAGCGAGAGAGAGAAGACUUCUUCUGUUAUGGAGUUGAUGAUGGUACUGGUGUUAUAAACAGCCUUUGCUGGAAAGAUGAACAGUGGAGGGAUCAAUCAGGAGCAAGGUCUCUCGGUAGCAGCGCCCGUGGAGACUUCAACCCAGCCAAUGAGCUGAAGAAACUACGGCAAGCCCAACACAGCAGCUCCCACCUGGAGAUAGGAGAACUGCUCAGGGUGAGAGGGCCCGUCAAGACCUCCAGACAACAGAGAGAGAUAAUGGCCUCUACUUACUAUAAAGUGUCAGACCCGGUGAUGGCGGUCCAGAUAUCCUGGAUGAUGGAGGUUCCUCAGCUCUACAGACAGUGCUAUGAUAAACCAUUCCAACUGGACGGCAGUGCACAGAACCCAAACAUUAAAGGUGGUUCUGCUUCCUACCUGCUUGGCAGAGCCACUCGUAUCCUGAAGGACUUCCUGAAAGAGAAAGAUGUCACCAGGUUCAGACCCUAUGAUGUCCAGGACCUUCUACAGCCUCUGGUCUCCAGACAACCUCAGACGAUAGCAGCAGAACAAGAGCCUGAGGCUGGUCCAUCAUCAGGUCCAUCAACAUCCUUCAAACAGCUCAGGGAGCUCCUCCAGAAGAGCCUUCAGAUCCUGGAGGACGAAGGCUUGGUGUUCCGCAAGGUCAAAUCUCAGGAUGAAGUCUACCAUGUAACGGAACAGGACAAAGAUCUUCUCAUGGCCAUCAGAGACAUUCUUAGGGAAGAUUGCAGACGAGAGAAAUAUGCGGAAAAGGGAUGCCACAUCCUGCAUGUCCUGUCCAGUGUGAGACAGAGUUACAGUCGCAAUGUGAGCAAGGCAGCCUUGGAGCUGGUCCUCAAAGCUCUGGAGUGUAAUAGUGACAUUAUCAGCACCAGCGACAGUCAUUACACUAUCCUCUGAUGCUGACUUAGACAUUCUGGGACAUUCCACAAACUGUCUGAAAUGGAGUGAAACGGGGAGGUACUAUCCGAACUUGCCCAAUAAGAAAUGCAUGUUUUCGUUUUCUGUUGCAAAAAGAUAUAUACUGUGUGCCCUAAUAAUUAUGACCCUGGCUUAAUGAAUAUUUACUACAUUUGAUUAUUAAUAAACAUGGCCAUCUUCAAGA